CGUCCUGCACCACGGAGAAAAAUCUUGGUCUUUAGAGCACCCCGCGGCACCGCCGACCACCUCCCCGAAGAGCAGAAAUACUGGCGCUACAUCGAGUCGAAAGCGGUCGAGGUCGCCGGCCUCUUCGGUUACGGCCGCAUCGACACCCCGGCCUUUGAAGACUCCAACCUGUUCAUCCGCUCCGUGGGCGAGGGCACCGACAUCGUCGAAAAGGAGAUGUACACCUUCGAGGACCGCGGCGGCGACAGCGUCACCCUGCGUCCCGAGGGCACCGCGCCCGUGUGCCGCGCCUACCUCGAGCACGGCAUGCACAACCUGCCCCAGCCCGUGCGCAUGUACUACUUCUGCCCCGUAUUCCGCUACGAGCGGCCCCAGGCCGGCCGCUUCCGCCAGCACCACCAGUUCGGCGUCGAAGCCCUCGGCGACGCCGACCCCUCCGUCGACGCCGAGGUCAUCGAGGUCGCUUGGGAACUCAUGGGCCGCCUCGGCCUGCGCGACGUCCAGCUCUUGGUCAACAGCAUCGGCGACAGUGAAUGUCGCCCCGUCUAUAUCGAGCGUCUGCGCGACUACUACUCCGGCCACCACGACCGCCUCUGCGAUGACUGCAAGGACCGGCUGGGCCGCAACCCCCUCCGCCUCCUCGACUGCAAGGUAGAGACCUGCCAUGCCCUCGGCGACGAAGCGCCCCAGUCCACCGACUACCUCUGCGACGAUUGCCGCGAGCACUGGGGAAAGCUGUCCGGCUACCUCGACGCCAUGGCCCUUCCUUACGUCGUCGAUCAUCGGUUGGUGCGCGGCCUCGACUACUACACCCGCACCGUCUUCGAGAUCCAGCCCCUCGACGUUGGCGGACAGUCCACCAUCGUCGGCGGCGGCCGCUACGACGGCCUCAUCACCGAACUCGGCGGAAGGCCCACCCCGGGCAUCGGCUUCGCCACCGGUAUCGAACGCCUCGCCCUUAACCUCAAGCGGGGCGACGUUCCGGUCCCCGACGAACCGUCCCCGCGCUACCUCGUGGCAAACGUUGGCGAAAACGCCCGCACCGCGGCGCUGGAACUCGCAGUCCGCCUCAGGCGCACCGGUGUCGGCGCCAUCCUGAGCAGCGGCACCCGCGGCCUGCGCGGCCAGAUGCGCCAGGCCAACGCCCUGAACAUCCCCUACGCCCUGAUCUUGGGAGACGAUGAGAUCGAAAAGGGCGAAGUGGUGGUGCGAGACAUGGCCGCUUCGACCCAGGAAUCUCGUCCCUUGGCAGACUUCCUCGCUGAAACUGGUCUAAAUUAA